AUGAGUACUCCACAACCCCAGCCACCAAAAAAAUGGGUUGUUAAGCAGAUCCUUUCAGGAGAUUCAGUUCUUCUCCGCGAGGAACCCAAAGGUGGUCCACCACCUGAAAGACAAAUUGUGUUUUCUAAUAUUGUAGCACCUAAAUUGGCUCGUCCUGGACGCGGAGCUGGCAAGGAUAAUGUGGAAGAAACAAAAGAUGAGCCAUUUGCAUGGGAAACAAGAGAAUUUCUAAGAAAAAAAUUAAUUGGACAGGAGGUUACUGUUACUAUUGACAAAAAUCCUUCAGGAUCCACUGGAACAAGAGAUUAUGGCUUUCUUCAACUUGGAAAAGAAAAUAUUACCCAUUCAUUGAUAUCAGAAGGAUUGGUCAGUGUUAGAGAUGCAGUCGGAAACAGCAAAGAAGGUGCUGAAUUGAAAGCGCUCGAAGCAGCUGCUAAAGCUGCUAAAAAAGGAAAGUGGGAUCCAAAUGCAGAUCCUCAGAAACAUGUUAGAGACAUGAAAUGGAGCAUUGAUAAUAUGAGAGGAUAUUUGGAUAAACAUCAUAAGAAAAGAAUUCCAGCUAUAAUUGAACAUGUUCGUGAUGGAUCAACUGUCAAAGCACUUUUGCUUCCUGACUUUUGCACUGUUACUAUCAUGCUUACUGGAAUUAGGUGUCCAUCGAUAAAAUAUGACUCCAAUGGUCAAAUUGAUCCAUCUACGCCAGAUUUACUUUUGGCUCAAGAAGCAAAAUUUUUUGUUGAAAAACAUCUUUUGCAGCGGGAUGUUGAAGUAAUUCUUGAAUCCACUUCAAAUAAUAACUUUGUUGGAACUGUGCUCGUUCCCAAAAGAAAUAUCGCUGAAGGAUUGUUAAAGGAGGGUUAUGCUCACUGUGUUGAUUGGUCCAUGGCAUUUUUAACUUUUGGAGCUGAUAAAUUAAGAGCGGCUGAACGUUACGCUAAAGAAAACAGAAUAAGAAGAUGGAAAGAUUUUCAACCCAAAACUCCUUUGUUAAGUGGAAAAGAAAAAGAAUUCUCUGGCACGGUAGUUGAAGUUAUCAAUGGGGACGCAUUAAUGGUUAAAGUUGGAAAUGCACCACCCCGUAAGAUCUUUUUGUCAAGUAUAAGACCUCCAAGAGAAGCCGCCAAUAAAGCUGCAGAUGAAAACAAACCUCCAGCUCAUAAAACAAAAGUCGUGCGUCCACUUUACGACAUACCUUGGAUGUUUGAAGCUCGAGAAUUUCUAAGAAAGAAAUUGAUUGGUAAAAAAGUAAACGUUAUUGUUGACUAUAAACAACCUGCUGUUGAAAAUUUUCCCGAGAAAACAUGUUGCACAGUUAUGAUUGGUGGAACAAACGUUGCUGAAGCAUUGAUUAGUAAAGGUUUCGGAACAGUCGUACGAUACCGUCAAAAUGAUGAUCAAAGGUCUUCCCGGUAUGAUGAUCUUUUAGCUGCCGAAGCUAAAGCCUCUAAAGCAUCGAGAGGUGUUUUUGCUAAAAAAGAUAUACCUCAACAUAGAGUUAACGAUUUAUCUGCUGAUCCAGCGAGGGCCAAGCAAUUUUUAUCUUCGUUGCAAAGAAGUAUAAACUGUCCGAGAGGUUCACGUCCAGGAGCAAAAACAAAUAAUCAACAAGCACCAUCCAUGGUGCCCGGGGAACCGUAUGGUGAAGAAGCUCUUCAAUUCACUAAGGAAAAGUGUAUGCAAAAAGAAGUUGAAAUUCAAGUUGAAUACAUUGAUAAAGUCCGCGGAAACUUUAUCGGCUGGCUUUGGAUAGACGGUGUGAAUCUGUCUGUUGCCCUUGUUGAAGAAGGUUUAGCAUCCGUUCAUGGAUCAGCUGAGAAAUCCGAACACUACAGAGCAUUGAAAAUGGCUGAAGAUGCAGCUAAAGCCAGAAAAGAAAAGAUUUGGAAAGAUUACGUUGAAGAAGUUGAAAAAGAAGAAAAACCCGAAGAUGAGCCAAUGACGGAACGAAAAAUUGAUUAUCAAACUGUUGUUGUUGUUGAAGCCACAUCAGAUUUGAGAUUUUAUGCUCAAAUGGUUGACCAAGGGCCUAGAUUAGAAGUUUUAAUGAAUCAAAUCCGACAAGAAUUUCAAACGAAUCCUCCACUUCCAGGAGCCUACACACCUAAAAAGGGUGACAUUUGCGCUGCGAAAUUUGAAGAUGAUCAAUGGUACAGAGCCAAGGUUGAAAAAGUUACAAACAAGGAAGUGCAAAUAUUUUACAUCGAUUACGGGAACAAAGAAUCUACCACUCCUGCUCGUUGCGCUAAUCUUCCGUCUAAUUUCACAACUGAAAAGCCUUUUGCUCAUGAAUUUGGAUUAGCUUUUGUAAAGCUACCUUUGGAUGUUGAAUAUCAAGAAGAAGCCGUGAAAGCUUUCAAAGAAGAUGUCGAAGGAAAAACUUUAUUGCUAAACGUCGAAUACAAAAUUCAAAAAUUAGCCUAUGCAACUUUGACUUGUCCCAAAACAAAGGUUGACAUCGCCAAAGAACUUAUAACGGAUGGAUUAUUAUUGUUGGAUAGCCGCAGAGAAAAGAGACUGCAAAAAGUGGUGUCUGAAUAUCGCUCAGCACAGGAGGAAGCAAAAAAAGAUCAUCGAUUUAUUUGGCAGUAUGGUGACAUAACAGAAGAUGAUGCCAAAGAAUUCGGUCGUUAA